AUGGCACCAUCAAUUGAUUCCUUCAUUGACAAGCAGUUGGCCGAUAGAUGGGGCCCCACACGGAACGAAGCAAGUGCCAUCCGUGACCUUCUCCACGGCAAUAUCAGUCCAGAGGAUGCAGCUGUAAGACUUACGAGCGAUGUCAAUGCAUCUCGUACUGUCGAGACAGCCAAAGGCGCUCUAUGGGGUCCUUGGAAGCUGCUCGAGGACACAGCAAGAAAGUUCCCCGACCAUCACACUGAGUUGGUCAAAUUAGUCGAUGCAGUCCGACAACUCCCGGAUCUCGUAAUCGGAGGCGAAUUAGCUGUCAAAUGGUCUGAACUUCCAAAUCUUGUUGAAUUAUGGGGAGAGAACGUGUUUGAUCGGGACGAGUCGGUCUAUUCUGAAGAGAUUAUCUCUAUCAUUGCCUUCACAGCCCAACUCUGCGCCCGCCAGAUCGUCGAUGCCAAAGAUUUCCUAAUAGCAGCGGAAUUGGACUUCUACACGGCUUUCGAGAAGACACCAGCUGCGGCUUCCGCCCUCAAAGCAAAGGACAUUCAGACGUUAAACAUCCAUGUGCCUAUUGCAGCACAAUGGAUUCUACACGCCGGAGAGGCAAUUUACAACUGCGAAGGCACUUUCAGCCUUGAGGCCAGAGAUGGCUUAUGGACUGGCCAACCUGGGUUUAGCUAUGGCAGAUGGAAGCUAUGGAAGGAAAUGGCCGAAUGGGUAUCCGGCCUUAACGGGGUGGUUAGGCAAGAGACGAUAGAUAUGGCCAAGAAAAUCGUGGAGAAGAUGACCGAGAUCGAGAACAAUGAUGUAUAG